AUGGACCACCAUCCCGUGCAGAACAGCGAGGUCUACCUCAUGCACACGUCCUUUGUCGCGCCCGUCCCACCGCCGUCUCCCCCAUCGCCCGCGACAUCAUGCGAAGAGUCCAUCUGUCCUGCUUCCGACGACGAACUGACGCCCAUCACCCCCCCGGAGAGCCAUGACCUGUGCCUGAGCCUCAGCUCCAACUUCAACCAGCGCCUCUCCAACGCGGUUCACGUCCUCGGCACCGAAGCCACGUCCGUCUCGGCCCUGACGCUCCUGUACGAGACCGAGCCGAAGGCCCGCGCAAGCUUCUACCAAGCCGUUGAGAGCAUUAUCCGGUCACGCCGCGCCAAGGGCCGGCUCAUCGUCAGCGGCGUCGGCAAGAGCGGCUAUAUCGGCAAGAAGCUCGUCGCGACCAUGAACUCCCUCCACGUCGUGGCGACCUUCCUCGACGCCACCGAGGCCCUCCACGGCGACCUCGGCACCAUCACCGAGGACGACACGAUCCUCUUUAUUACCUUCUCCGGCCGGACGGCCGAGCUGCUGCAGCUGCUGCAGCAUGUCGACGCCUCGCUCCCGCUGAUCAUCAUCACGGGCGCCCGCAACGAGUGCGCGAUCACCAAACGCCGCCCGGGCGCCAUCCUCCUCCCGGCGCCCAUCCACCAGAGCGAGACGGAGGCCUUUGGCUUCAACGCGCCCACGAUGAGCACGACGGCGGCUCUGGCACUCAGCGACGCCUUGGCGGUGAGCGUCGCGAACGAGCUGUACCCUAACGUGCAAGCCGUGUUCUCCCGAUUCCACCCGGGUGGUGCCAUUGGCGCCGCCGCCGCCUCCGGGCCCCAACACAUCUCGGAUCUCGCCAUCCCCUUCGCGCGGGUCCCGGAGAUGAGCCACACGGCACUCACGGGCGCGCACGUGCUCAUGAGCGCGUACAAGAGCAAGAGCGGCUGGGUGCGCCACGGCGACGACGUGGUGGUGCCCCCGCGCCGCAUCGAGCAGAUGAGUCUCGCCGACAUGGACGAGCCGGCGACGUGCAUCCAGCGCCUGAUGGUCCCGUCGAAGGACUGGAUCAAGCUGCCGGCGGACAUGUCCGUCGCCCACGCCAAGGCGGUGAUCGCCAGCUCGCGGGUGGCGGGCGAGCUGCGAUACGCCGACGAUGCCAUCCUGGCGACGAUGGUCGAGGGAGAGGUCGUUGGUCUGAUGGAGAUUGCGACGUUGAUGGCGUGA